AUGGAUAGGGACAGGGACCGAGACCGCAGGGACGAUAGAUACUCCAAUACCUACCGGCCGCGCUCUCCCGCCCCACGCGUAGACAGCUACAGAGCUCGUUCACCUGUGCGCGCCAGAGGCCUUGCCGGCGCCGACACCUACACGCCUGGCGGUCGGCCGCCGCGCCCACGAAGCCGUUCUCCGCCAUGUAGACGAAGGUCACGAAGCCCAAGGCGAGAUGACAGUUGGAGGGCUAGGGCUCGAUCACCGCCUCGUCGGGGAUACUCGCCGCGCCGCGAUGACUACAGAAGCGACCGAGGAAGGUCACCCCGACGUGAAGGAUACGAUUCGUAUGGACGGUCGCCUCGUGUGCGCGAGAGGUCUCCUCCGCCCAGGGAGAGGGAUCCCUCGCCCGCACCCAGCCGUAGCAUCCGGUCUCCCGUGCGGUCCGCUAGGUAUGAUGAGCCUCCGUCGCGACCCCGCAGCCCUUAUCGUCGAUAUUCCCCUGCUCGCGAUACCCGUGAUGUGAGGCGCCGCUCCCCUUCACCCCGUCGGGAACGACAAGAUCCAUAUACAGCAGACACUUGGCGUCGCAGGUCACCGUCCCCUGCAAAGGCAGCAUAUGCAUCCAACGACGUUUCCGGGAGGGAGUCGGCAACUACCUCACGUCGCUCAUCGCCACCUCCUGUACACCCCAGCAGAGCCGCUCUUGUUGAUGACCGGUCCUUGAGAGAGCCCGCUUCGGCAGUAAGGUCACCGUACCGCGAAAGAGACACCCGAGAUCGCGAACGAGACUAUGACAGAGAAAGAGAUUAUGCUGCGGAUCGCGAACGAGAGCGCGACCGGUCGCCUCCUCGGCACCGCGAUGCGCCGCCUACGGGACCUCGUGGCGAUAGAGAUUUCGCUCCCCCUUCUGGUCCAUCUGGUGGUUACCGCAACGGCGACAGUAAUAUUGGGCGCCCUCCGCCAACUGGACCCUCUGGUCGCGGCUAUCCUUCCCCUGCCAUGUCACCGCCGGGCGGCCCAUCACGCACGACACCGCAACCGCCUGGCUACCCACGAAGCAGCCACCCCAAUCUCGUUUCGCGUCCAGGAGGCCGGGGACGUGGUGGUUUUGGAUACGAUGCCCCCCGCGACUUCUCCGGACCGCCUCCCAGGCGCGGAUCGGGAUAUUGGGGACCCCCUCGUGGUGGCUAUGGCGGACCACCGCCCGGAGGCCGUGGAGCUGGACCUGCACCAUUCGCCCCUCCCUUCCGUGGCUCCAGCAAUAGCACGUCGACUACCUAUCCCCGUACGCAGCGUUUCCGCGACCAUCUAGCGGAUCUGCCCAAGGAAGUUCCUGGUGGUCAGAAGCUGCCCGAGCUCUAUGAUAAGAGUAAGAUUUUGAAGCUAGAGGAGGAGAUGCGCAUCCUGCGGGAGAAGAUUGAAGCAAAGGAGGCGGCGAAGCGGCAAAGCUUGAAGGAGUGGGAUGCUGGGGAGAGGGAGAGGGAGACGGCGGCCGUGAAGGUGGAGUUGGCGGAGAAGCAUUUGGCGAGUUUGAAUGGGGAGGCGGAAGCGGGUGGGCCGGCGUAUUAG